AUGUCGCAAAGGGGCAAAGCCCCCAGGAAACCCCCUGACAGGGGAGCUCCCCGAACUGUUGUGCGUCGGGAUUUAAGGAACCCGACCAAGCUGGUCCCCGCCACUGAGCUGGGGACCUUCCACGCUCGCCCGGCACCCAAGGGCACCCCUUCUGCCCUCGCGGGAAGCGGUGAUGCCGCCGACCGGGAACCAGGCAGAGGGGAAAGAUGCGCGCAACCUGGCCCAUCUAAAAGACGUGCACCGCCGUCGCCGACCUCGCCCGCUAGAGGCGACAAACGGAGGGACGUAGAGGAGUCCCCCCCCCGCGACCUUGACCUAGUGAAGGUGCCGCCGACGCCGAGAAUCCGGCUUGUGGACAAGGGCUACCAACCCCUACCGUCCCAGUCGGGUACCGUGCGGCGAAAGCCCUCACCCCCUCCGCGCUCACCCUCCCCCCCGCCGGAUAGCGGGAGCGAGGAGGAAGGGGAAGACAGGCGUUUUUACGGCGACGUACAUGCGUCGCCUGCGAUCGCCUGA